GUUAUCAUCGGGGAACGAGAGUGAAUAGUGGCAACGGUGGAAGGUUCUGUUCUGCAUUAGGAAUGGGCGAAUCGAUUAUCACACGAUCGAAAUGGAACGCCUGCGUAGCAAAGUGUUGUACCGGAAAGAUGGUGUACGUGAACAUCGCGGCAUUCGUGUCGGUAUUGCUGCUUGUAAUUGGCCUGUCCGUAGGACUUAGCGUUAACACCUUCAAAGGAAGCGACGUCCUUGACUCGGUACCGCUCAUCGAUGGACACAACGAUCUACCAUACAAUUUGUAUUCAAAGUUGAAUAAUAAGUUGCAAGAAUUCAAUUUCGAGAGGAACCUCAGCAACGAUACCACGUGGGGAAAAAGCAUCUGCGACUCCUGUUUUACGGAUCUUCCUCGUUUGAGGAAGGGAAAAGUGGGCGGGCAAUUCUGGGUCGCGUACGUUUCGUGCAACUCCCAAUUCAAAGACGCGGUGCAAUUGACGUUGCGACAAAUCGACGUCAUCCAAAGGCUGGUCGCUAAAUACCCGAAUGAUUUGCAAUUUGUCACCGAGGCCGAAAACAUCGAGGCUGCGUUCAAAAAUAGAAAAAUCGCCUCGAUGAUAGGCGUCGAAGGAGGCCACUCCAUUGAUUCCAGCUUGGCGGUGCUCAGGCUCUAUUAUCAACUCGGUGUACGCUAUCUUACAUUGACACAUUCGUGCAACACGCCAUGGGCUGACGCGUCGCCAGUAGGUCAGAAUUCUGUCCGCAAUCUCACGGAUUUCGGAGCCGUGGUUGUCGAUGAAAUGAAUCGGCUGGGAAUGUUGGUCGAUUUAUCCCACGUGUCGCACAACGUUAUGAGAGAAGUACUUGCAGUAACGAAGGCUCCGGUUAUGUUCUCUCACUCGUCGUCGUUCAGCGUUUGCAAUCACUACCGUAACGUUCCCGACGAUGUAUUACAUUCGGUUAAAAAGAACAACGGCGUCGUGAUGGUGAACUUUUACUCGGGCUUUGUAAAUUGCAACGCCACCAGAAACGCAACGAUGCAAGACGUGAUCGAUCACAUAAAUCACAUUCGCAAUCUUAUCGGAGCUGACCACGUUGGCAUUGGCGCUGAUUACGAUGGCGUGGAGACGAUGCCCAGUGGUUUGGACGACGUUUCCACGUACCCAGAUUUAUUCGAUCGCCUUUACGAAAGCGAAGUGGAGCCACGAUGGACUAAGGAGGAACUCGAGAAACUGGCUGGCAAGAAUUUGAUCCGCGUGUUCAAAGCUGUAGAAGCGGUCCGAGAUUCAUUGGCAACUAUGUCCCCGCGAGAAGAUAUCAUAGACGGAAUGGAUUUGUACAAUGCAGAAUUAGAGAACGGCAUGAAACCAGGCUCGUGCAACACUGCAAAGGAGUGGGACGGAAUCGCGAAGAGGCCUUAGCUUCCACGUUUUUGGUGUUUCGUGUAAAUUGAUUCCUAUAAUCCAGAGAAAUACAGAAUAUUUACUCAUUUUUAGUAAAUCUAUGUACCCUUUGUAAUCCUCAAUAAUUAUCUUCCCCGUGAAAAUAUAAAGACAAAUUUUCUUUUUCCACAACGAGCU